AAUGAUUAUUAAAUUUUUUUCCACAGGACUGGAGGGGGUGGCAUCAGCUGCCUGAUUUUUCCUGCCGACCCCUCCUUCCUACUUUCCUUGCGUCCUAUUCUUUCCUUUUUUUUUUUUUUUUCUUUUCUGUCUUUUUUCCCCACCUUCUUUCCCUUUCCCCGUUCAUCAUGUCGUACCGUAAGGAGAUGGAGAAGUAUCGGGACGUGGAUGAAGAUGAGCUAUUGCAGAAACUCAGUGAGGAGGAGCUGAGGAGGCUGGAGGAUGAGUUGGAGGAGCUGGAUCCUGAUAAUGCUCUGUUGCCUGCUGGUAUGAGGCAGAGAGACCAGACUAAGAAAGCUCCGACUGGAACGUUUCAACGGGACAACCUCCUGGCGCACCUGGAGAAACAGGCCAAAGAGCAUCCGGACCGAGACGACCUGGUGCCCUUCACAGGCGAAAAAAGAGGGAAACCAUGGACUCCAAAGACGAAGGUUGUUGAUCCAAUUCUGGAGGACGUCACCCUGGAACCGGAGCUGGAAGAGGCCUUGGCUAAUGCCACUGAUGCCGAGCUGUGUGAUAUCGCAGCUAUCCUGGGCAUGCACACUCUGAUGAGUAAUCAGCAGUAUUAUGAAGCUCUCGCCAGCAGUACCAUCGUCAAUAAACAGGGAUUAAACAGUGUGAUCCAGUGUACACAGUAUAAGCCAGUUCCAGAUGAGCAGCCCAAUGACACUGAUGUAGAAGAGACCCUGGUGAGGAUCAAGCGCAAUGACCCUGACCUUGUGGAGGUCAACCUCAACAACAUUAGGAAUAUCCCCAUUGCUACUCUGAAAGCUUACGCAGAAGCCCUGAAAAACAACACGGUGGUGGAACGGCUGAGCAUCGUGGGAACUAGGAGCAACGAUCCUGUAGCCCAUGCGAUGGCGGACAUGCUGCAUGUCAACACAACUCUGAGAAGUCUAAACGUGGAGUCCAACUUUAUUACUGGAGCUGGAAUCAUCGCACUUGUAGAUGCGCUGCAGCACAACGCCACCCUGCAGGAGCUCAAAAUCGACAACCAGAGUCAGCCCCUGGGUAAUAAGGUGGAGAUGGAGAUUGCCAGCAUGCUGGAGAAGAACACCACCCUGCUAAAGUUUGGAUACCACUUCACCCAGCAGGGGCCACGCCUACGCUGCUCCAAUGCAAUGAUGAACAACAACGAUUUGGUGCGUGUAGUUCGGUCGGACUCGGACGGAGCGAUCACCUUCACCCUGUCCGUCCCCGAGCUGGAGAGAGCCUUCUGUAAAAAGUUCAAGUUCUCCUCCAAACCCAAUAAGAAAGAAAAGGCUUGAAGAAGGUCCCAUCUUCCCCAAAUGUCGGACAAACGUGUAGCAGUGGUGGCAGCAGCGGUGACGGCGCCCCCUGUGGCCUGGAGGUCUGCGGCAGCCCAAGUCUCUUCACUUCCUUCCCUCUUUCCCUCUGAUUUGUAACGCUGGUGUCUGUAGAGUACUGUUGACUUACUGUACACCACUGCAGAGACUCUAAAACCCAACACACGCACAUACGUCUACAUGACGUAAACGCCACAAGUAACUGCAGAAGGUGCUCCAGCAGUGCCGCUCCCAUUUGAGUUUGGAGUUAAAGAUCCAGGCAGGAGGUUUAGUGUUAAAUUUACUAUUAUAUAGAAGCGUCACUCAGUAAUAGUCAGCUUUAAAGCUGACGCUGGUUGUGUUCACAUGGCCGGCCAGCGUUCUCUCUUCUGUCAACUGCUACUGUAAAUAUUUAGAUUUGUUUUUAAAUGAUGGUGAAAUGAUUAGGGUUCUGUUGUGUGAAAUCGGCUGAUUGGUAUGGUAAAGGAAGCAUGUCAGAGGAUUUAUAUAUAUAAUCCUAAAGGAAGCAUGUCAGAGAGACACACACACAUGUAUACAAGUGCAUACACAAAGACACUUACUUGUAUUAUUAUACUUACAGCAGUAGAGUAACAGUACAACCAAUAUUGUCACUGAACAACUGCGCACACUUUUUUAAACUGAAACAUUUGAAACGACAAAUGUAGGGGGAAAAAAAGUUAGGUAUGCAAAUGUGUUUUCCCCCUGAUCAAAAAACACAUUUUGUUGAUAAAUAGGUCAGUAAAGCAUAAAACUGUAUUUUAGAUCACAACAGCCACACCUAUAUUUACACCUUGUGUGAACAUGCGUUUCGAGUUCAGGUAGUGUCUAGGUUUACUUUGGCCAAACAAUUACAUACUGGGAAUGUCUUUUUUUUUUUUUUUUUUUUUUAUCCCCAGUGCUAAUUUUGUUCUCCUUGCAUUUUGCAGUCUGUACUGGGUUCCCUUGGCUUUUAACAGUCUACACUGGGUUUCUUAACUUUUUCAGUCUGUACUGGGUUCCCUUGGCUUUUAACAGUCUCCAAUGGGUUCCCAUGGCUGUACUGGGUUCCCUGGGCUUUCUGCAGUCUAUACUGUGUUCCUUUGGCUUUUUCGCAGUCUCUAAUAGAUUUAUUUGGCUUUUCACAUUCUAUACUGGGUUCCCAUGGCUUUUAACAGUCUCUAAUGGGUUCCCAUGGCUUUUCACAGUCUAUACUGGGUUCCCAUGGCUUUUAACAGUCUCUAAUGGCUGCCACUGGCUUUUCACAGUCUAUACUGGCUUCCUUUGGCUUUUCACAGUCUGAACUGGGUUCCUUUGGCUUUUUGCACUCUAUACUGUGUCCUUUUGGCAUUUCGCAGUCUGUACUGGGUUUCCAUGGCUUAUCAUAGUCUUUACUGUGUUUUCAUGGCUUUUCAUAGUAUAUACUGAGUUCCCAUGGCUUUUUUUUUACAGUCUAUACUGGAAUUCCUUGGCUUUUCACAUACUAUAUUGGGUUCCCUUCAUUUUCACAGUCUGUAUUGGCUUCUCUUAGCUUUUCACAGUCUGUAUUGGGUUCCCUUCACUUUUUCACAGUCUGUACUGGGUUUCCUGGGCUUUUCACAGUCUAUACUGGGUUUCCAUGGCUUUUCACAGUCUAUACUGGGUUCCUUUGGCUUUUUACAGUCUAUACUGAAUUCCCCUUACUUUUCACAGUUUAUACUGGGCUCCCAUGGCUUUUUACAGUCUCUAAUGGGUUCCCAUGACUUUUUUACACUCUAUACUGCAUUCCCCUAGCUUUUCACCAUCUCUACUGAGUUUUCCUAGCUUUUUCCACAGUCUGUACUCGGAAUGCCUAGCUUUUCACACAGUACCAUUGCAGACAGUUGUGGAAAACUAAUACUGUAAAAAAAACCGCAUGUUGAUGCAAAGUGUAAUAUAAUAUUAUAUAGAUAUACAUCCCAACAUGCAUCAAAUGGAUCUUUUGAGGGUUUUUUGGGGUUCGUUUUCAGAAUGUACUGAGAGUGUGUUCUAACAUGGCAUGGCCGUGUUAUUAAUAUGCCUUUAACCUGUGUAUGGAGUCACUUCAGCUGUGUUGGGACGAAGGCGUGACUUAUGCACAGUAUUGCACAUCUACACUGUAUUUCUACAUUUAUAUAUUUUAUUUAAGUGCUUUUGCUGUUCAGUGUGACCUUUCUUUAUUUUCUCGUUUUUAGUCUUCCCCUCUCUCUCUUUUUCUCGUUCUCUCUCUCUUUUUCUCUCUCUCAGGUAUAAGCUCAUACCGUGGUAUUGAAAGUGGUGCUUUUGUAGUCUAAACCCUUGUUAAAAUGCACUUGUUGUGAGGUACGGGUGGUUUCAGAACAGACAUGACUUUGUUAAAGGGAUACUCUGGCACUCGUUCCACACCGUACCUCACUGGUCAGUUGGUAGAACACCUGAAAUCCACAUUGAUACGUGGCUUUCUGAGCCACGUUUACACUGAUAAAUGAUACAGAGCUAUAGUGUAUAAUUCCCUCCUACUGUCUUUACUCUGGGCCGUUCUGUUCUACUCCCUCAGGUGUUGGGAGUGUGGAGAAGAACACGGGGAAAUGCAGACUCACAGGGUUGCCGUUGAUCUUUUGCUUGUACGGUUGUGUUAGUUCACAGACUUGUAUUUUGUUGUUCUUGUUUGUUUUGGUUAAUAAAGUUUGGAAUUAUUGUGUGUAA